CAAAGUCCCAAAUUGACCAAUGAAAUGAAAACAACCAUUGCCCAACGAUGUUAGAAAAAUUCAAUUGACAUCACUUUUCAAACAAUUCAAUCUCAGGCUACUGCAAAAACUCAAAUUCAAGAUCAUCUAAUUCCUUAAUCUGAGCCAAACAAAUCCUAAAGAUUAAACCUUUCCCAAUUUAGCAUUAUGAUAAACCAUCAUCAUGUUCCACCAUCACAGCCGCCACCUGGCCUGAGAUUCUUGGCCGCCCCUGAAAAAACCUACAAAUUCCACCAAUUCCUCGUCCUCGCCCUCACAUUCUCCGCCUACGCCGCCUUCCACGCCUCCCGCAAACCCCCCAGCAUAGUCAAAUCGAUCCUCACUGCCCCGCCCAACCAAACCCUAGCCGGAAACUCCUCCGAUUCCGAUCAAUUUCACUUCAAAUCCGCCCCGAACCCACUUCACAACGAGACCGGGUGGGCCCCGUUCGACGGACCGCGUGGGCCCCACCGCCUCGGCGAGCUGGAUCUCUCCUUCCUGCUGUCUUACGCCGUCGGGAUGUACUUCUCCGGCCACAUCGGCGACACGGUUGAUCUGAGGGUCUUCCUCACCGUCGGGAUGGUGGGCAGCGGCGCCUUCGUGAUCCUCUUCGGGAUGUGCUAUUUUCUCGAUCUGCACUCGUUCGCCGCGUUUGUGUUCAUUCAGGUGUUCUGUGGGCUGUUUCAGUCCAUCGGCUGGCCUUGCGUGGUGGCUGUUGUGGGCAACUGGUUCGGGAAGGCCAAGAGAGGGCUGAUAAUGGGUGCAUGGAAUUCCCACACCUCUGUGGGUAACAUUAUCGGGUCCGUGAUAGCUUCCUCUGUAUUGGGCUUCGGGUGGGGAUGGUCUUUUCUUCUGCCCGGCGGGCUUAUUGUGGUAGUGUCGGGUUUUGUUUACUGGUUUCUUGUUGUGCAUCCUGAGAUUAUCGGGUUCGAGUCGUCUGGUGGGGAUGUUGAGAUGAGUGUGGAGGGUUUGGCAUUGGUCGGGUCUGAAAAACAUGAGGGUGUUGUGGAUGGUAUUGUGGGGGAUCCCACAGAUGAUGAGAGCUCGGGGGCCAUAGGUUUUUUGGAUGCGUGGAGGCUUCCUUAUGUGGCAUCUUAUGCGUUCUGCUUGUUCUUCUCGAAGCUUGUCGCGUACACGUUUUUGUAUUGGCUGCCGUUUUACAUUAGACACACAGCUGUUGCUGGGGUUCACCUCUCGCACAAAACUGCAGGGAUCCUCUCGACAAUCUUCGACAUUGGAGGAGUUUUUGGUGGAAUUUCGGCGGGCCUCAUAUCCGACCUAAUUGAGGCCCGAGCCAUGACUUCUAUUCUGUUCCUAUUCCUCUCUAUCCCAUCCCUCAUAAUCUACCGUGUUUAUGGUAACAUAUCCAUGCUGGCAAACACGUCAUUAAUGUUUCUAUCAGGCUUGCUUGUUAACGGGCCUUACUCCCUAAUAACGACAGCUGUUGCAGCUGAUCUUGGCACGCAGAGCACGGUUUUGGGGAACUCACGUGCAUUGGCCACAGUCACGGCAAUUAUUGAUGGUACGGGCUCUGUGGGUGCUGCCUUGGGCCCACUUCUUGCCGGGUAUAUUUUGACCAAAGGUUGGAAUAGUGUGUUCUUCAUGCUUAUUGUCUCGAUUAGUUUUGCUGGUUUUUUGUUGAUACGUGUGGUGAAGAAUGAGAUUGAAGGGAAGGUGAGUCAGGGUAGGUGGCUUUGGCUGCGCGUGAUCGUUCGUUUAUAACAUUUUUCGAUGGCUGCUAUGAUUUUUUUUUUCAGAGAGCCUGAGGCAAAAGGUAUAUUGUCGUGCAAUCCACACGUGCGUAUAUACACGAUUACUAGGAAGUUAUUUGAUUUGGAGAUAUUUCACGAUGACAGGUUUUUUUUCGUAUUCGGUUCGGUCGCCUGAGAAUUUUUUCAAGAAUUGAUUUUAGACACGAAGAUUUGUAAUAAUACAUUAUACAUGUACAUUUGUAAGUUCAGAUGGUGACUUGUAGUUCGAUAUAUGGGUGAAUUCAUCUGGCUCUUGCCAUUUUACCCUUCUCUUAUGAACGGCUUAAAUAAUAUUCUGCUGCACUUUUGGCAUUCAGAACUGCUAUUGUGAAUUGUGCAAGUUCCAAAGGAAUCAAUAUUUUCAUUCGAAAUCGCUGCAUUCUUCGACUUGUGUUUACGUGCGUCUAAAGUGCAGUAUUGAGGCCCACUUCAGCCAUUAUCUCUACUCUAG